AUGAACACUUUCCUUCACGCGUCGACGCGCUGUACACGCCGAGCAGCGCGUAUCUCAUACUUUCGGCGGACUGGCUUUCCGUCUACUGCCUAUGUAGCGCGUUAUCGACAAAGUCCUCUAGCGACUAUUACCCUUGGUAGCAGACAGUUGUCCAGCAACCGUCAUGAACCGACAACGUCAACCGCGACAACAAAACCGAGUUCACCCACGCUCUCAACGAAAACAUGGGUAGACAACUUACCUACUAAAAUCCGACCAUAUCUUUAUCUCACGAGAGUAGACAGGCCUAUAGGGACGUUAUUGCUGUUUUAUCCAUGUGCUUGGUCAAUAUCUAUGGCUGCAUACGCGUUGCAGACUCCCAUUAGUGUUCCGUUAGCGUAUACUGGCCUGUUUGGACUGGGUGCACUCAUUAUGCGAGGGGCGGGGUGUACGAUUAAUGAUAUGUGGGAUAGACAUUUGGAUAAGGCUGUUGAGAGAACGAAGGAGAGACCGCUUGCGAGGGGUGAUAUUACUCCUACUCAAGCAUUUGGGUUCCUUGGUCUCCAACUUACUGCAGGAUUGGGUGUGCUCCUCCAACUAAACUGGUACAGUAUAUUCCUUGGUGCAGCGUCCCUCUCCGUUGUCACUGUCUACCCCUUCAUGAAGAGGGUUACGUACUGGCCUCAAGCCGUCCUCGGACUUGCCUUCAACUGGGGAGCUCUUCUUGGCUGGUCCGCUGUUGCUGGUUCUGUGAACUGGGGCAUCGCUCUCCCACUGUAUGCAGGCGGAAUUUGCUGGACUCUGGUGUAUGACAGCAUUUAUGCUCACCAGGACAAGACGGACGACCGCACCGUAGGCAUCCGUUCAACGGCCUUACUCUUCGGUGAUCACUCGCGAAGCGUACUCUCCGCACUAUCCAUCUCCUCACUCUCAUUAAUCACAUACGCUGGUUACCUAAACGCACACGGUGCUCUGUAUUACGCAGGUGUUGGAUUUGCAGGUGCACAAUUAGCCCGUGUACUUGUUCAGACGGACUUUGAUAACAGGCCGAGUUGUUGGCGGGGAUUUGUUGGUUGCGGAUGGGCGGGAUUCUGGGUGUGGAUGGGUGCUUUGGCGGAUUUCCUUGCGCUUGGGACGGGAUUCUGGUAAAUGGUGGACUGACCUUCUUAUUUGAGUUGCAUCGUCGGCGUUUGAUUAACUGCGAUCUCUGAUAGAUUUUAAUACUGCUUACUGUGUUUCCG